AUGUCGUCAAGAUCAGCCAUUGAACCCCUUCCUCCAGAUGUGGUGGCGAAGAUUAAAUCCUCAACUUCGAUCACGGAUCUGACGGGUGUCGUGAUAGACCUCGUCAAAAAUUCCCUUGACGCCAAUGCCCGGGUUGUGCAUGUCUCUGUUGAUUUCAAGCGUGGGAGCUGCAUCGUGGAAGACGAUGGGGACGGCAUUCUUCCAGCUGAGUUCAAGCCUUCUGGCGGACUCGCCAAAGCACAUCAUACAUCGAAAUUCAAUGUUCCCGGCGUGUAUAGCCACCGGGGAUUGUUCUUGGCUUCUCUAGCGGCGUUGUCUCUAUUGACGAUAACGUCUCGCCAUACUCACCAUCAGGAAACCAAUUCAGUUAUCUUUCAUCGUGCAAUACCGGUAGCGCGGUUAACCCCUGCUCCUCCACACCAAAGUCUCCAGGUCGGGGAAUAUGGCACAUCCGUAACGGUGAAUGAUCUUUUUGGAAAUAUGCCAGUGCGUGUCAAGAGUCGUGCCCUCGCACUGCAAAAACCAGAGGAGCUGGACCGAGAGUGGGAAAAUCUGAAAUACUCACUCGUGUCCGUGAUGCUGGCCAACUCGCAGCUUUCAAAACUAGUCAUAACGGAUGUUGAACGAGGUCAAAGAAUCGUCAUGCGCCCUGGCUAUGACAGUGUUACGGUCGAUCUCUCUCGAAUUGGGACCAUUCUUUAUCAAUCAGGAAUGAUCAGUUCCCGGGACAUGGGUUCGUGGUCUGUCAUAUCAGCCACCGUCCCAGAUCUCACAGUUUCUGCGGCAAUAUCUACUGUGCCUAGUCCUUCGAAGCGACUUCAAUUCAUUUCACUAGACAACGACCCCCUUCUCUCGCGUGGUAGCUCAAAUGUCUUGUUCAACGAGGUCAAUCGGUUGAUAUCACUAUCUGACUUUGGAAGCUCCAUGUCUGUGCCUCGCAGCAAUAGCGAGGGCCAGUCGAAACCUCUGCGCCCCUCUGAGGCUCCUAGUACAACUAGUGGCAGAACUUGGGUUCGUCCUAUCAAUAAAUGGCCUAUGUUCUAUAUCCGUGUGGAAACGGGAGCCACUCUGCCCUUUGGUGAAGAAGGUCAAACUCCUGCAGAAUCGGAGGAAUCCGUUCAACGUAUCACCGAUGUUCUGGAGGCAAUGAUUUCAGAGUUUCUGAGGCAGCAAAACUUAAGGCCGCGUGCUGCAAGAAAGCAUAUGAGAGAUCAAAGCAGGACCCACUCAUUAGCUGACCGGGGAAAUCAUAGGUUGCCCCUGGUAGGGCCGAGGGCUACGCGUAACACUGAAGAAGCUUUCAGCGACCACUUAAAGCUUCCAUCUUUCCAGCGACCAACCGUGAACACAAGUCGGCAUUUUCACGAUUGGUCUCGGGUCAAAACAGCCAAGGAUCUUAAUGAACGUAUGCACAACAGCUCAAACACCGUCGAGAACUAUACUCGAGGACGAAAUCGCACGCUACUUGAGCAUCCAAGAAGAUCCCUAGACUAUGAGCAAAAUCACGCCGACACUUCACAGCCACUCCCUUCUGGUGGAGAGUCAGCACUUUCUUCAGGCGGGCACGUCAGGCCGAGUGAAAAUGACGGCAUUGCAAACGGUUCAUGCGAAACAUCGGACGAUCUCAUCCCUUGGGUGAAUCCACAUUCUGGGCAGUCACAUUUGAUCAACUCAAGAACUGGUCAAACCGUCGAUCCCGCGUCUUGCAGUAAUCCUCUCCGGCCUUAUUUCCAAAAAUUUGACAGGGCAAAAGACAUCAAGUCGACGGACAGUACCUGGUUGGAAGGCCUACUCAGAACAUGGAACAAUCCAGUUUUCUCUCGAACGGAGGUACCACUGCCUAGCAUGAAUCUUGGAGAUUUUUAUUUGAACAAGUCCACCAUGUCGCAUGGCUGCCAUCUACGUGGAGAGCCUCAUGAUCAUGCUCACUUUGCUAAAUACCGGGGCAAAUUACACCGUCAAGGCCUGGAAACAGCCACGGUAAUUUCACAGGUUGAUCAGAAGUUCAUUCUAGCCAAACUUCAUCCGGCAUCCGGUGAAGACGUCAAUGGGGGCGUUUUGGUUUUGAUUGACCAACAUGCUGCAGAUGAACGUUGUCGAAUCGAACGACUCUUCUACGAAAUGUUCGUAUCAGCCGAAGAUUUGCAUCAAGGCACGCGAGUCGCAGCAGUUGACAUUGACCCUAUCGUCUUCAAUGUUUCUAUCACGGAGGCCGCUCUUUUUUCCAAAUAUUCGAGCUUUCUCCGGAAAUGGGGCUUUAGCUACGAUCAAGCCACACAUACCGAGUCUGAUAUGACCAUCACUGUAAAUUCGCUCCCGGCUCUCAUUGCAGAGCGAUGUCGACUAGAGCCUAGUUUGGUGAUUGACAUUCUUCGUCGCGAUAUCUGGACGCGUGAGGAGAAUGGUGAAAGGGUGCAAAUGUCAAAACUUGGCCCUGACAACGACUCACAACCGUAUGACCAAGCUAGUUUGAAUGGUCAUGAUCCAUCAAUAAUGAACAGCAUGCUAGCGUCCACUCCUAUUCCUCAUCCCUGGAUACAGAAGAUGAAUGGGUGCCCUCAAGGUGUCCUGGAUCUUCUCAACUCGCGUGCUUGUCGGGGCGCCAUCAUGUUCAAUGACCCGUUAAGCAUAACCGAGUGCGAACUACUCAUUGGGCGUCUGGCCCGGUGUGCGUUUCCUUUUCAAUGUGCUCACGGACGCCCUUCCAUGAUUCCUGUUCUGGAUCUCCGGCCUCAACUCGAACAUGAAGCCUCCAUGAUCACCACAGAUGGCGGUGUAUUUGGCGAUGAACACGAGUCCGGGCUGAAUUUCGUGCAAGCGUUUCGAGCACACUAUCGGAAGUAG